ACCCUUUUCUUUCAUCACCAAAAAUUCUCGAAUCCCAAAAGGAGAUAUCUUUUUCUUUACUUAACCAACUCAACAAACACAGAAAGAAAGGCCAAACUCCAAAGCCACCAACUCUUCUUCCACAGUCCACACAGUUCAAAGUUGAAACUACUUUCAAGCCUAUGGAUUGUUUCUUAUACAGACACUUUUCGAAGUUCUUCCCCUCAACGUGAUCAAUAAUGGUAGUUUAGAAGGCAAUGGUUGAGCCUGAAGGAAAUGGAAACCAAUGGUAGCAACCACCGUUCCUGUGAAAAUCACCCUUCAACAGAUUCAAAUAAUGCUAACAAAGAUCAAUCCACUGAGAAGGAGGUUUUUGUUAACCGUGCUGAAAUAACUUGGCAUGAGAUUAGAAGACAAUGGGUUGGGGAUCAGUCUCAAAAAUCGAAAAGAAUGCCCCAGGAGCCGAUAAUGAGCUGGACCACAACUUAUGAGGAUUUGCUUUGUUCGACUGAACCUUUUCAACAGCCAAUCCCAUUAGCUGAGAUGGUGGAUUUUUUAGUUGACAUCUGGCAUGAGGAAGGCCUCUAUGACUAGAAACUUGGAAAACUUGUUCUGAUAGUUGCACAGUUUUUUGGUGCAGAUUUACCAAGAUGAACUCAUAGGUUAUACAGUUUUUCAAAGUUGGUCGGAUGAUACUAUCAUGUUAGAUUCUCUUGUUCUUGAUUAGAUGAACAGGAGUCAUUAAAAUCAAUCUGGUGGAGUUCAACAACACUGGGGGGACUUAUUUCAUGUAUUUGACUAAUCUUCUCAAGUAAGAUCUUUUGGUUUGAUAAAAUUUUAGUGAGGGAAUGACAAAAAUGUCGUAUAACAAAGUAAUGAACCAAGAGCAAUAACAGGGAAAAAAAUGCAAAAUGUGAAGAAAUAAAAUUGAAGCAAGAUCACAGCCAAAAAAGCCACCGGCUUCUUUGUUUUUCCCACUAAUUAGGAAAAAGAAAAGAAGCCUUGCUAGUUACAACAAACCAGCCGUUACCAUCAACCGCCUUGGUGACUUCCAUCUCGAACUUAAUCGUAAGAAAAUUUACAAAUCUUUGAUCGGAUUGCAUGUACAUCUUUGUGUGCUAAUUGUGUAGGAGUAUCUGUAGUUAAUCACAAAUACAAUGUACUUAAUCCUAACAUUUCAAUUGU